AUGACGGAUGCAGAAAGCCGCAUAAGGAUAAGAAGGGGUAUCUUCCAGGGCAAUCGUUUGAGUCCAAUCUGGUUUUGCCUCUCCCUAAACCCUCUCAGUACCUUACUGGAGGACUCCGGGAGAGGGGAUUUCAGUAUCACUUGUGAUUAUAGUAAUUCUAUUAGAAUAGAGCUGGGGACGGAUAAGUGUGCGGUCUUCCAUGUUGAAAAGGGAAGGGUUGCUAACUCUGAGGGCAUAGACUUAUCUAUGCCCAUCAACAUAAGGACACUUUCCGAGGCUGAAAGAUACCGAUACCUGGGUAUGUCACAGAACAUCGGUGUAGAUGAGGUGGACUCAGACCGAACUGAACGCUCUGGACAGAAAAGUCCGCACUAUUAUGAUGUCCCACAGGAGGCAUCAUCCGAGAUCGUUAGUAAUGAGGCUGUACUUGCCGCGGAAGCAUGGUGGGCGCGGAUUUUCAAGCGCACUUACCAUGCAUAA